AUGGGUGUUCCCUUUGAGGCUCUUCUUCCCUUUGGUAUCAUCAUCGGAUCGUUCACUGUCGGCGGUGCCGGCUUGUGGGCGGUUCGGAAAUGGGACAACGAGGGCAAGAUGCCGCGGUGGAAUAAGGACAAGUGGGAUAGAGUAAUGAUGGAGAGAGACCUGAGAAUCACGGGCACGAAACGAGGACAAUCGAGCAACCACGAAGCUCCCAAGGGAUUCGAGCUCAGCAACCCCUGGAAGAUCGAGAAACGGAUUUUCUAG